GUGGAGCAAGCUGGUUCGGCGCUGGAGCAUGCUUCCGGCAGUCUGAAGGCCAACAAGGCCGUUGUCCUCGCCGCCGUCCGGCAGUAUGGGUCUUCUCUUCAGCACGCAUGCCAGGAACUGCAAAACGAUCGCGAAGUGGUCAUGGCUGCUGUAUCCAACCAAGCCCGUGCCUUGCGACAUGCGUCCAAGGCCCUACAGGCAGAUCCUGACAUCGUGUUGGCUGCAGCAGCGCGCGACGCAGCCGUCCUGGCCUUUGCAGCUGCCGAGGUGAGGAACGACAAGUAUGUCAUGGGGCAGGUCACGGAGCAUCAGCCGCACGGACUUCGCUACGCAGGGGAAGACCUUCGAAGUGAUUGGGGCCUCUGGCUGAAGGCUCUGGCGCGAGAUCCUUCGGUGCUCGCCUUUGCUCCCCAGGAGCUCCGAGCCAGUCGAGAGUUCAUGUGUUUGGCGGCACAGCGGAAUGGCUUCGCACUGGACUAUGCUGUGAAGUCGUUGCAGAAGGACAUGAAGUUGCUCAUGAUUGCGGUCGAGCAGGUAGAGCAACAGUGCCGCACAGAGACCGCCUCGAAGAAGGACCUGUGUUGGCAGCUACCGCUCACAGCGUGA